AGCCGGUCCAACAGACAAAACAGACGGGACACCGAACCUCGGGCCCCUCGGAAUCAAAGGAUUGCUGGGCCAACCUCGGCCUUGACCGACUACUUGGCAGCAAACAACAUUUCCGCAGCAGAAAUUGCGCGUAAUCAUAGUCGACGACAGCAAGCAGCACUCACUGAGGCCGUAGCUGCAGAGGCUGCCGCGAACAGGCCUCUAUCAACCAACCGCAAUGGAUCCUCACAACCGGCGUCAACUCCUGGUCCAUCGAAUCGAUCUGGCAACCUCCCCGGUGCCUUGACGAACGCUUCUUCUGUGGCUGCACUCGCCGACGGUGUCAACCCCACAAUCUACAAGAAGAAGCUAACCAAGGCUGAGGCCAAGGCCAUUGAGCAUUACAAGACAACUGACGACUUCGCAAAUGCUAAGCAGUACUAUCAGGGUAAUGUUGAGGAUGAGGAUCAAUUGGCUCGCAUGUUCUACUUUACGGCCAAAAAGGCCGUCGGUCAGUUUGAGAACUGCGCCAACUGUGGGAAACGCUUUACCGUGACUGCUUACACGUCAGCGGAUCCUGACGGGGGCCUUCUCUGCACUGCAUGUGGCAAGGAGUUGGCCAAGGAGGCUCCCAAGAAGAGGAAGCAAGUCGCGUCAGGUGGACCCAUAGGUAAACGGAGAGCUGCACAAAGCCGUGUUUUGGACGGUACGGCGUCUAUUGGCGUCAAGAGCUUGGUGGAAAUAUGCAUCCAGCAUCUGUCAAAAAAUAUCGAACUUGCAGACGAUCUCGGUGUGCUGCCAGAGCAUGUUGUCGAUCGGAUUUCGCGCAUCUUGGCCAAACGCCGCAUGCUCAAAUCGGAGGUUCUCCCCCUCUUCCUGCAACCAGGAACUCGAGCUCUCAGGAUAUAUGACAGCGCCAAGUUGAGCUCCCAGGACAUGAUUAGUAUCUUUCAAGUAAUCCCGGAUCUCAAGAUACUUCGGCUACGGAACGCAAUUCAGUUCAAGGACGAGGUUAUGAGCUAUCUCCUGGACAGACCAACAAAACUCGAGGUUUUGUCUCUUCAUGGAUGCAAUCUCAUCACGACAGAGCUGUGGGAAAGGUUCUUUGUGGAAAAGGGCGAAAGUUUGCACACCCUGCAGAUUUAUCGAUGUGGCGAUUACUUUACAGACGCAGUGGUUGCGAAAGCAGUUGAGCAUUGUCCAAACCUCCGGCGACUCAAGCUGCAGGAAAACCUAAACGUCAGCUACUCAAGCCUGGAGUCAUUGCAGACCCUCGGCAAACUGGAACACUUGAGCCUCAAGCUAUGGAACAAGGAUAUACCCAAUCCUGUUCUCGUCUCUCUAAUUGACGCGCUGGGCCCAAAGCUUCAGACUCUGUCAUUGAAGUUGGUUGAGGAUGCCAACGACACUGUUUUGCAAGCAAUCCACCGGAAUUGCAAAAACCUUUCGAAACUGCGCAUUACCGGCUCUAAAGCGUUCACGGAUGACGCCCUUAUGAGGCUCUUCACGGACUGGGCAAAUCCUCCACUGCGGUUCGUUUCGUUCGAGAAUUGCCGGAGCAUGACGCAUGGGGAGAACCUGGAAGAGGUCGGUCUUUGCGACAAGGGCUUUGGCGCUCUGAUGGCGCACUCGGGCCGUAAGAUACAGCACAUAAACAUUGAAUCUUGCCGCCACAUUUCAGCAGCAGCCUUUCUGGCCGCCUUUGACCAGGACAAGACGUACCCGGACCUCGAGACAAUUGAGAUCAGUUUCUGCGAGAAUGUCACAGAUUUUAUCGUCGGCAGCAUUUUUAGGAGCUGCCCAGCCCUGAAGUGGGUAAAAGUUUUUGGCUGCAUGAAGGUCAAGGACGUGCUCGUUCCGCGCGGAAGGAUAUUGAUUGGCGUGCCUACCGCUGCCGGAAUGCAGAUUGAGGGUUACGCUUGA